AUGGCUGCUACGGAAAGUGAAAGUCGCACACCGCUACAGACGAGUAGAAAGCGACGCCAUAUUGGAAAACGAAACUCGCAAACUUUUCUGAGUAGUGGAUGUACGAUCAAUCUGAACCCCAUCGGUGUAUCUAACAGUAACAUCAUACCAGAUGACAGAUUUACGGCUACCUCAUAUUUGGUCACAUCUGCGAAACCACACUAUGCACGACUGAAUGGAAUGUACAGUGCAUGGAUACCAAACACCAAUGUUGACCCUAAUGACUGUCUACAGAUAGACUUGGGUGAGGUGUUUGUUAUCCGUGCUGUAGCUACACAAGGCCAUCCUAAGUGGCCAUUUUGUACUAAAGAAUACAAGAUUUCAACAUCUAUUGACAGUAACACUUGGACAAUGUACCAGAGUAGUGGCAAAGUGAAGCUUUUUCACGGUAAUACAGACGAAAAUGCUGUGAAGACCAAUGUCCUAGACAGUCCAGUUGACGCCAGAUUUAUAAGGUUUAUACCAACAAAGUACAAAGUAUGGAAAGCACUACGUGUGGAAGUAUAUGGGCGAAAGAAGCUAGGUCAGUAG